AUGGCAACCGCAAACCCAGACAGGCUCUCCGGCCUACCUCUUGAGACUCUAUAUGAAUUAUUUUCGUAUGUAUCUCUUGACGGAGGCGGAUUCAGUCUAGUUCGGGCGACGAGGAGACUUUAUGACUUGCUCAUCCUAGAACUGUACAAGGAAGGGGGAAGAAAGUCCAACUGGGCCCCCUUGUUCGUCAGGGCGGUAAGUGGUAACCUCCUUACCCUGAAGAGAUGUCUCGAGGCUGGUGCACCACUCAACUGUCGAUGGCCGCGUCAUAACCCCAAAUGGUGGGUUCUCGGUAUUGAUGAAGGUGACCAGCCACUUCAAGUAGCCAUGAUGCAUUAUAAAGUCGAAGCCGUGGAGUGGAUGCUUGAUCAAAAGGUCAACCCCUACGAGAAGGACGAGAAUGGCAAGAGGCGGACUCUUGAGCUGAUCUGCGAGUCACGGCUACUCAAAGGCCACUACCACAAGAAGCUCCAGGCGGCUGCCAGAUGGAGACACAAACGGCUUUGCAUACCCAACAAGGAUGUGCUGGCGCUCCGGGGACGUAAGAUAUUCGACUCGGUGCCUACAGCCGGCGCCUCACACAAUCCAAGGCUAACUAGGGCUCUCCAGUGUAUACCCGAUCAAGUGGAAGCCAAGCCGGUAGAAGUCAAGGGAUAUAUCUGCGAAGACUCUUUGUCUCUACUUCCCCGCAAAAUAAUGCCCAAGGUGUUAUCGCAUCUCUCCCCAGUUGAUGGUGGCUGCAGUCUAGUCGUAACGUCAAGAUUCCUCUAUCACACCCUGAUCUUGGACCUGUAUAGAGAAGUUGGCAGGCAGUUGAGCUGGCUCCCUCUUUUUGUUGGCGCUAUAGACGGCAACUUUCUCACCCUUCAAACCUCCCUCAAGGCCGGUGUGCCGAUAGAUCACCAGUGGAAGGGCAACCAUUUGACAUCUGAGUGGCGGUUUUCUGACGGCUGUCGGUCUAUUUCGGUGCCAUAG